ACGGUUCCGACCCGGUUCACCAGCCUGCUGAGGCCGUGCCCACCCCUCGUCUCCCCGCGCCCCUUCCUCUUCGCUCUCCGCUCCGCGGGGAUCGGCGCGGGCAGGUUUUCCGGGAGGGGCGCGGGGAGGCGCGGGGAGGCGCGUCGAGCGCUGUCGCCGUGUCACGCCGCCUCCCUCUCCGCCGGAGCGCGCGGCAGAGGCGGGGCGCGUGGGGACGCGGGAGUGCGGGGUCCUGGGCGAGCCCCGCGUUGCGCGGAACUGGGCGCCGAGCCCUCAUCCCCGAGGCCAGAGCCGCGCCCCGCCAUGGAGCCUUCGCACAAAGACGCCGAGACCGCGGUGGCGGCCGCGGCGGCGGACCCCCGGGGGGCGUCGUCGUCCAGCGGGGUAGUGGUGCAAGUCCGCGAGAAGAAGGGACCCCUGCGCGCCGCCAUCCCCUACAUGCCCUUCCCAGUGGCCGUCAUCUGCCUCUUCCUCAACACUUUCGUGCCGGGACUGGGGACCUUCAUCUCGGCCUUCACCGUGCUGUGCGGGGCCCGCACCGACCUUCCCGACAGGCACGUGUGCUGCGUCUUCUGGUUGAACAUUGCCGCGGCCCUCAUCCAGAUCCUCACGGCCAUCGUCAUGGUGGGCUGGAUCAUGAGCAUCUUCUGGGGCAUGGACAUGGUCAUCCUGGCCAGGUACAAGGAGCAAGGCAUCCCACAGCAGCUGUGAGCCCGUGGGAGCUGCCGAGUCUGGGGGCACCCGUGAGGGUUGCAUCAGGCUGCUGCAGGCCCCAGGACUUUUCCAUGUUCUCUUCUGCCGUUUCCUGAGUUCAGAGUGCCAAGGGGGAUGCACCAACACAUGAUUUCUUUUGAAGAAGCCUGUGGAUCUAAGCUGGCUUUGAGGGCUGCCAGCCCCUCCUGGCUCCAGAAAGUUCUACAGAGAAGGCUCACAGAGUAUCUGGAGAUGGGGUGGGUGGUGAGGGGGAUGCUGCCCCAGGCUGGGGGUUGCACGCUACCUUGUGUUGCCCCCACCUGGCAUGGGCACAUGGGAGUGGCCAUCUGGGCAGUACUGGGCCAAUUCAGUCAGCAGAGGCUCACGUAGGACAGGGCUGGGGCAGACAGUCUCUGGGUGCUCAGUCCCCUCAGAGUGGCCUCUUGGGCUCAGCACUGGGGCAGGGGACAGGAGGACAUACCCCAAUUGGUGAGGAAAAGCCUGCUGGGCCCUCAGCUCUGGGGCCGGACCCCCCAUCAGUGUCCCCUGGUGUUCCCUCCCUGCGCCUUCUCUCAAGAAGCCCCCAGCCCCUCACCCCUGAAACCUCUGGGCUUGUGUGGGCGUUUUCAACUUUGUUUCCCAGGAAGGGGGCUGGGUCGCCACCAAUGUGGAUCACCAGAAGCACUGAACCAAUGUGAAGAACCCCCCUUUCCCUGCACCCCGAGAGACCUGGUAACUCUUCACAUGAUACUUGGCAUGAUUCUGCUCCCCCGUUCUUUGCUCAGACAUGGGGAUCAGUGGAUCUCUGAGUUUGGAAUCAGUGAAUGCAAAAAUAGGAGACAUCGGCCAGGUAUUUUCCAACACCCUGGCUGAAGCAGUGAAAUGUGUAGACGGUGAAGCCAACGGCACUAGGCAACUAUCAUGUGUAACUGCCACACAAGUCACGGGAGCAAACUGCAGGGGAGAGGUGCUGGGGUCUUGGACUGACAGAACACAUCUGCGUGAGAAGAUCCUUCCUGCAGGCUGCCACCAUUGCCCCCCCCUGAGGGCAUUCUUCCCUCUGCCCAGGGGCCUGCCAGGUGCCACCACACACACGGUUGCUGCCACACUCAGUGUUGGUGGAGACUGGAAUCAGCAAAGGCUGACCUGGCUGCUGAAGUCCUUGUGCAAUUAGGGGGAAGUAGAAGCAAAGUGACAGUGACAGGUGACCGCCUGUGUUCGUGUCCGUUGGACAUCAGAAGAGCCGGCCCAUGGAGCUGGCCCCUGAGUGCUUUCCCACCGCCCUGGCCUCAGUGCCCUGGGCACGGAACUCUCCACGGGGCCCUUCUGAUAGACCUGGGCCUUGCACAGGAUUCAGCCAGCACUGGAGAUGGAGCCGUGCUUCCUAGUUGGACAAAGUGCUUGGAGACCCCCACAGCUGGACAGCCUCCAUGGCCUACCCUGAGCUGCUUGGGGACCGCUGCUUCCAUUCUUGACCCUCACCCCUGGGGCAGUGUCCACCCCCUGCGGGGAAGGGAUCCCCUGCAGCCGCUGCCCCCAUCUGGGACCUCCCACUUGGUGGGGCCCCACUCUCUGUCCCUAGCCCAGCGUCCCCCGACCCCGGACCCCAGCUGUACAUGGGGACCUUCUGGAGUGGUACCCCCUUUCUUCCAGGUCCCGGCCUGGGCCCGGCAGAUUUGUUUGUCAGGAAACGUCUGCAUUUUCAAGGCGUGGGGCAGAUUGGGGUUUGUUGGGAGUCUAGGAGCCUUCUGGGUGUGCAGACUGCACCCCCCGGGCUGAGAGUUGAGGGGAAGGCUCCAGGGGGGACCCGGUGGCACCGCCCUCCCUCCCCCAGCCCUGCGCCCCCAGCAGCUCCAGGGAGCUCGUCUGACUGCCUGACAGGCCUCAGGUGGGGAUGCUCCCCCGACGCCCCCCCAGAGAAGGGAUCUUCUUUUCCUGGCUCGGGCUGGGGGUGGCUCUGAGGGGGUGGAGGAGAAAGAUGGCGCAUGUUUAGUGACACGAUCCAGACGCGGGUGGGAGUCUCCUGAGUGACAGGUGUCACCACGCGUGCCCAGGGUGGGAUGGCUUAAUUCGGGGUUUGUGUGCUUGGAAGGACAAUUCCCCUCCGCACAACCCCCGCCCUGUUUCUCUUCUUACACCCCCCUUCUCCAAAGCUGGGGAGGAGCAUGGGGGUGGGGUGGGGGGAAGCCCUUUUCCUACCCAGCCAGGGAAUUGUGUGUGGAAGAAGACACCAGAAGAACCAUGUUGUGCCAGGGCUGCCACACGGGCAAGCUGGCUCUGAAGGGGUGCCGAGGCGGGGUGUCACCACAGCCGUGUCACUCAGGGCCUCGGGCUGGGAGAGCAUCCAGGUCGGUUUACCAAGUAGAUACCAGCCAGCUGAGAGCCCCCCAUCUGGUCUCACAAGCUCAGCUGACAAACAGCUCUUUGGGGGUGGACAGAGGGGCGUGUCUGAGAACCCCGGGCCACACUGCUGGUCAGUCGGGUUUCUGCUGGGCUUUGGGGAUUGGGUUUCUCUGGCCGUGGGUGCUGGGGGACAGGGAUCACAGGUACGUAGGGGCUGCAUGGCCUUCAAAGUACUUCCAGAACCUAACAGGGACCCUUGGGGCCAGAGUGGGACAGUGCAGGAAUCUUAGAGUCUUCGCUCUGAGUUUGAGAGCUGAAGACAGACUUGAGAUGGAAAGGCUAGAGACCCCCGUGGGGGUGGGCUGUGGGGACUCUGCUGCUUGGGCAACUCCUAUGUGGGGGUUGGGGGGUGGUCCCUGAGCUCCGGCAGAAGCCACUGGGCUAAAGGCCCAGGCCUGGCAUGGCCAGCAGAGAUUCUGGCUUGGCGCCAGCAUCUGACUGUCCCGGAAGGACAAAAGGAUGACAGACAGGACUUGAAGCAAUUAGCCCCUGAUGCUGCUGCUGCAGAUCCCCUGAUUGGCCUGGAUCACCAGGACAGGCUCAGACGUGGGGUCCCUGGCAGACCCCAGUGAGUCCCCACACCAGAGGGAUGUUAGAGUGUGGGGUUUCCAGAGAUUAGAUGCAGCCCCCCUCCCCCCGCAAGUCAGAGCCCAGCUCCAGAAGGGGAAGGAAGAUAGCGCUCAGAGGGGGUCUUCUGUUUGGCUGACCAUUCAGAACUAAUAGGGCGACCCCCAGAAAGAGCAGGAAGGAUGCUACAGGCACACUUUGGUCAUCAUCCUGGGCAGCGCCUCCCCCCCACCCAGUUUUGUGGGGACUCCAGGGGGUCUGCUAAGAGCCUAGUGGCUGCAGCUGGCUGAGUGGUCCAGCCCCAAUCCCUGGCUGCGACCCCUUGGCCUUGUCCUUCUGAUCCCAGUUGCAUCCCAGGCACAGCCAAACUUUGGCUUCAUGCAAAGCUGGGGUGAGAGCCUGAGCAAAAAGGAAGUGCAAAAAGCCAAACCAGCAAGUCGGGUGUCCCCUGGAGAGACCCCGAACACAGCAGGCAGCAGUAGAGCAGAGGGGCUAAGGCCUGGCGCUGGCCAGCAGGAAGGCAAAGGCGGAGCUGACCAUAGUGUGUCCCUCCCUGUGGGAUAAUCAGUGUCUUCUGAGGCUCCUGGACCCGGCUUCUCCUCCUGCAGCCUGAGCCAGGCAGUGGCGCCCCGCCCUCCCGCCCAGGACACUGGCUGUUUUCAUGGGGAUAGAGAUGGUGCGAAGAAAGGCCCUGCAUGGUGGGUUGCCUGGGAAGGGGAGCACUGAAAAAGCCAAUUCUCCAGCUUACCUUGUUUUCCUGAUGCUAGUAUUUCCGGUUGGCUUGUUUGGAGGGUUUUCAACAGAGGGACUGAGGCAGACGAGCGCUUUCCCAGCCCUGGGCCCGGAGCCCACCCAGAGGCUGCGACUUUAGGCCAUGGCUUCUCCCCUCCCCAGCAUUCAGCCAGCACCCAGCAGGCAUUGGGUGACCCCGGGACUGUGGUGUCGCCUGGGAGAAGCAUAUCAGCCAUUUUCCUGGAUCACAGCUGUGUCCUACCUACAACCAGGACCCCCCCAACUGUCACAGAUGAGAUGCAGCUUAGCAGAGACGGGGAGGGGCCUAUUCUCCGGGGGUCUGCGGGGAAGGGGGGCGGGGGGGGCGGAUCCUGAGGUCAGAGAGGGACCGGCUCAGGUCCAGACUCCCCCUAAGUCCCUAGGAGAAAGGAUGAGCCCCAUUGGUGACAGGUAAAGAAGUGGCCUCUGAAAGCCACCCCUCUACCCCUCCCAAAUCCUAGGGGUGAGUUCCAGACUCCCGACUGUUAGUGGUACCAUCUGCCUCGCACCUCGUUACACCUCCCGGGAGCUGGGAAGGAGGCACCAGGACAGAGGGGUGUGUUUCUCACCUCCCAUCAGAGGACAUAGAGGUGGGGGAGACUGCUCCCUCCUGCACAGGGCCCCCCACUGAGUCCCCCACUCACUCCCUACCCGAGAAGAAACACCCCCCCCCCCCGCCUAAUUUUACUUGCGCCUCCCCGUCCACCCCGGCCCCCAGCCCAUGCAGCCCUGUCACAGGCGUGCCAGGUCAAUGACAGCGUCCCAUUCUUGGUGUCCCGAGUCCUCAGUACAGGGGUGUUUUCUGAUUUAUGUUUCAGGUGGGAUCUUCAUCCCCAAGCCCUCUCCCUCUCUGUGCGAAUUUGCCAAAAUGUAACAAACAACCCAGACAGAUCUCUGCUCCACCUUCCUGCUGGGCCCCAGCGCCUGGCACUCCUGUCUCCUGCAAGUCCCUCUCUGCACACACACGCAUCGGCCUUCAGGGGCUGCUGCGGGGAGGGCGGGUCUGUGCACUGACCCCUUUCAGCAGGGGCUCUGGUUGGCGCUUCUUGGCCUCUGACCUACCCCACCCCACCCCCACCCCACCGCUGGGGUCCCGGAUGCAGUUUCCUCAGUCCAGGACUUGAGUCACUUCUUCCCAUGCCUUGGGGGUCAGCAACCUUCACCCCACACAGCCCAGCUGUGCUUGGCCACCUGCAGGAGGGUCAGUGGGGGGGUGCCCGAGGAGGGCAGUGUGGUCUCUGGGGCUCCCAGACUGCACAGGCUCUUUUCUGCCCAACAUUCUCACUUGGCCCAGGAUAGGAAGCAGCAAGGGGAGAAGGGAACUGGAGGUGAGUGAGGGCCUGGGGGUGACCAGCACACUCGGGGCCCUCGCCAUGGCUAGGGUCCGGGCUUCGGUACCUCCGGCCAUUGUUCUAUUCAUUUGUCUUUUUGAACAAUGUACUUGACAGCCAGCCGGUGUGUCGCUGCGGAGCCCUUGGGUAGUGUCGUGCAGUGGUGCCCGGCGUUGGCUGCUGGGGCGUCUGUGUGCCAACAGUGGCUGCACAUUGCUGCUGUUCUCCAGUCUCUGACCGCCUAGGGCUUUCUUAGCUCACUUCUACCCAGACCCCCAGGAACCCCCACCCCCAGCACCUGCUCCCCUGCCAGGUUCCAGUUCAGCCCAGGUUUGUCCCAGCCUCUUCCAACGACCGGAAGCUUGCGUGGUUUCAAGAACAGAAGGAACUUCUAAUAUGAGACCUAGGGAAGUUUCUAGACUUCCCUUGGCACAAGCUUUCCCACUUGGAGCCCAGCUCUAUGUGUAUUUAGCUUUCCCAGAGGCCCAGGGCGGAGUCCCUGACCCCCUUCUGUGACUCGUGUCCCCACAGCGUCCCAUGCCAAGCCUUCUGCCAGCUUUAACCUGCGUCGCUCCGUGGCAGUUAUGUACAUGUAUGAAAUAUUACAUACAACUAUAGACCCAUGUACAUAUCUCGCUGUAUAUAUUUACAUAAAACAUAUGCGCUCCGAUUAUAAAUACCAGGCAUGGCAUCUUUUUGGCAUUCCAAGUUUGUGUUUUUUUUAAAAAUCCUGACAAUAUGGCUCUGAAAAACUUUUCUCCAUUCCCUCUUUUCUAUGUAAUAAACAUUCCUGUGACCUUUCUGGUGGC